AAUCUGUUAAUGUUAAUGUCGGUUGCGGCGAUCUCGUAUCUUUGCGUUGUGGAAGGAAGCGGCGAAAUAACAGAUAUAGACCAAUACCCUUGGGCAGCCCUAAUCGAGUACCAGGAUGACAACAAGAUCAGAAUUUAUUGCGGAGGGGCUCUCAUCAGCGAUCGAUAUGUGCUCACAGCUGCGCAUUGUGUCGUUGGACCCCAUGUUAAGGCUAAACCUCCCCGCAACGUGCGCCUAGGUGAAUUCGACCUAUCAAACGAGGUAGACCAGCCAGACUGUGUAACUAUCAACGGAGGCGGCUCUGAUUGUACUGAAGGCGCUGUCGUGAUACCUAUAGAAAAAGUCAUCUCACAUCCGGAUUACAACAAUAAUGAUAGGAAGACUAGGAAACAUGAUAUUGCUUUGAUACGCAUGAGUAAAUCAGCGCCUACUGAUUCCGACUUUAUCCGUCCAAUCAGCUUACCUACAUCCGACAUAACUUUAUCUAUACCUUCCGGCCAGCUGCUGAUCGAAACAGGUUGGGGCCUUAGAAAAUCGGGGACAUUAAAAGUGCAUGUGAAAAUACCGUUUGUGCCACUUUCUGAAUGCCAAGCCAUAUACAGCAACCACAGAACCCAACUCUGGCAGGGUCAAAUUUGCGCUGCUGGAAAGGAAAUCAAUCCUGCCUGUACAGCAGAAGGAGGUAGUCCUCUCGUGUGGGAGAACCCUAACAAGGUCUUUGAACUUAUAGGGUUAGACAGCUUUGGACCAAUAUGUGGGAAUGACGAUUUACCUUCUGUUUAUACGUAUGUGUACGAGUAUAAUUCUUGGAUCCAUCAGAAUAUUGAAUCCUAAGAUUUCAGACUGAGAUUUUCUAGUCUUUCUAAGACUGUUUGGAAAAUUUUCCUUUUCUAAUGUAAUCCGCUAUGCAAUUCUAUUAAAUUGCGUGUUGGAAUAGAGCAACAUAGAAUUUAUAUAGUGGAUUAACGUGGAAAAGAGGAAUAUAUAUUAUUUAAAUUUUUUUAAAUUUUAAUAUCAUCCAUAUUUUAUAUAACAAACAGAUGGAAAUUAUGGUGGAGGUAAGAUCAAAGCAUUUUGUGUUUUAAUACAUAAGCUUUC